AGUAACCGAAGGUCGCUCGUUUGAAUCCUCGAGCCAACUCAAAUCUGUCAUUGUGCCCCUAAGAAAGACAUUUAAACCUAAUUGCUCCUUUAUGUCGCUCUGGAUAAGAGCGUCUGAUAAAUAACACAUUUUAACGUGAAUGGCAAUAAUUAAUGUUAUCUUUAUAUGAGUUGAGGGGUGCAUCAUCGUGAUCAUCAAUAUUAUGCAAAGGUGACGUGAAGCGCAGUAGCCAAGCCUCUGAUCAGCUGAUAUUUCGUUGAGCGCGGUGUGGAACAGCGUUGAAAACUGGGAGCCGGGAACUGAAGACUCGUAGCUAGCUACAACAAUACUAGAUAUCCAGGAGGAUCCCAUUGAUCACUGAGCAGGUGCACCACACUUCACCGUCAUGGGGGAACUCUUCAGAAGUGAGGAGAUGACUCUGGCCCAGCUCUACCUCCAAUCAGAGUCUGCCUACUGCUGUGUCAGCGAAUUGGGAGAGAUUGGAAUGGUGCAAUUCCGUGAUUUGAACCCAGAUGUGAACGUGUUUCAGCGCAAGUUUGUCAAUGAAGUGCGUCGAUGUGAGGAGAUGGACCGCAAGCUUCGGUUUGUGGAGAAGGAGAUCAAGAAAGCCAACAUUCCAAUGGUGGAUACGGGAGAGAACCCAGAGGUCCCCCUCCCUAGGGACAUGAUUGACCUGGAGGCCACUUUUGAGAAGCUGGAGAAUGAGCUGAAGGAGAUCAACACCAACCAGGAGGCCCUGAAGAAGAACUUCCUAGAAUUGACGGAGCUCAAGCAUAUCCUGCGCCGCACCCAACAAUUCUUCGACGAGGUCAACUCCACUAUGGAGGACCCCAACCUGCUGGAGGAGUCGUCGACCCUGAUGGAUCCCACUGAAGUAGGGACCCGUCCUCCUCUCAGACUGGGGUUUGUUGCUGGGGUGAUCAGCAGGGAGCGCAUCCCUACGUUUGAGAGGAUGCUGUGGAGGGUUUGCCGUGGUAACGUGUUCCUGAGGCAGGCAGACAUUGAAGACUCACUGGAGGACCCUGCCACGGGUGACCAGGUCUAUAAGUCUGUCUUCAUCAUAUUCUUCCAAGGAGAUCAGCUGAAGACUCGGGUUAAGAAGAUAUGUGAAGGGUUCCGAGCGUCACUGUACCCCUGUCCAGAGACCCCCCAGGAGAGGAAGGAGAUGGCUGCAGGGGUGGCCACUCGUAUCGAUGACCUGCAGAUGGUGCUGAACCAGACUGAGGACCACAGACAGCGGGUCCUGCAAGCUGCAGCCAAGACUGUUAGAGUGUGGUUCAUCAAGGUGAGGAAGAUGAAGGCGAUCUACCACACCCUGAACCUGUGCAACAUCGAUGUCACCCAGAAGUGUCUGAUCGCCGAGGUGUGGUGCCCCGUGUCAGACAUGGACUCAAUCCAGUUCGCCCUGCGGAGAGGCACGGAGAAGAGUGGUUCCACCGUCCCCUCCAUCCUCAACAGGAUGCAGACUAAGCAGACCCCGCCCACCUUCAACAAGACCAACAAGUUCACCUCGGGCUUCCAGAACAUAGUAGACGCCUACGGUAUCGGCAACUACCGCGAGAUGAACCCAGCCCCAUACACCAUCAUCACCUUCCCCUUCCUAUUCGCUGUCAUGUUUGGGGACCUGGGCCAUGGGGUGCUCAUGACCUGCGCUGCCCUCUACCUGGUCCUGAGAGAGAGCCGCCUGGUCGCCCAGAAGAACGACAACGAGAUGUUCAGCAUGGUGUUUGCUGGGCGCUACAUCAUCCUACUGAUGGGCAUCUUCUCGAUCUACACCGGCAUCAUCUACAACGACUGCUUCUCCAAGUCCCUCAACCUGUUUGGCUCUGGCUGGAGCGUCAGGCCCAUGUUCGACCUCCGCGCUAACAACCUCACCUGGUCGUUUCAGACACUGGAUGAAAACAAGGUUUUACAGUUGGACCCUGCAGUAAGAGGAGUCUUCAAUGGACCUUACCCCAUUGGCAUUGACCCAAUCUGGAACAUUGCCACCAACAAGCUGACCUUCCUCAACUCCUUCAAGAUGAAGAUGUCAGUGAUCCUGGGGGUCAUCCACAUGCUGUUUGGAGUGUCUCUCAGUCUCUUCAACCACCUGUAUUUCAAAAAACCCCUGAACAUCUACCUGGGCUUCAUCCCAGAGAUUGUGUUCAUGGCCAGUCUGUUUGGCUACCUGGUCAUCCUGGUCUUCUAUAAGUGGUUGGCCUACGACGCUCACACCUCCAGAAAUGCUCCUAGUCUUCUCAUCGCCUUCAUCAACAUGUUCCUGUUCAACUAUAACGACCCCACCAACCAACCCCUCUACAGAGGACAGAUGGUUAUUCAGACGCUGCUGGUGUUGAUAGCCCUGGCGUGUGUUCCCUGUAUGUUGAUAGUGAAAACCCUGGUUCUGCGGCGACAGUACCUCUGGAAGAAGAACUUGGGCACCCAGAACUUUGGAGGGAUCCGGGUGGGAAACGGCCCCACGGAGGACCAGGCUGAGAUCAUCCAGCAUGACCAGCUCUCCCAGCACUCGGAGAACGACGAGCAUGAGGCCACCGAGGAGGAAGUGUUUAACUUUGGGGACGUGGCUGUGCACCAGGCCAUCCACACCAUAGAAUACUGUCUGGGCUGCAUCUCCAACACAGCUUCCUACCUACGUCUAUGGGCCCUCAGCCUGGCCCACGCACAGCUGUCAGAGGUUCUGUGGACCAUGGUGAUGCACCUUGGCCUGUCCUCCAGGAGCUUUGGGGGUUUCGUUGCCUUGUCCAUCAUCUUCGGGGCCUUCGCCGUCCUCACUGUCUGCAUCCUGCUCAUCAUGGAGGGCCUGUCUGCCUUCCUGCACGCACUGCGUCUGCACUGGGUGGAAUUCCAGAAUAAGUUCUACGUAGGCCAGGGCUUCAAGUUCCUCCCGUUCACCUUUGAAAGCAUUCUGGAGGGAAGGUUUGAGGACUGAACACUGUCCUGACCACUGCUCCAAAACCCUCCCUGUUCCUCUUGACAGCCAAUGUGAUGUUGGUGUAAGGUAGACUCCACCCACCCUGGGCGUUGCACAGGAACCCGUGUGAUUAACUCUGAGCUCGCUGGUCAGGAUCUUGGAUAAAAAUAGCUCUUUCUGAAAAUCUGAAGUUAAUCACAUCUGUAUUUCAUAUCCUGGUGCCGUGAUUGUUUUGUUUGUUCGAUAAAUUAUUUAAUGUGUUUUGUUGUCGUGAAACCUGUCCAAUGAUGUGUUUGAACCUCCCUAUGAAAAUUGCACUUCUGAUCAUUGUAAAUGAGGACUAGCUUUCCGGUAGUCUAAAAUUGAGUUAUUCUACAGAUGUCCAUGGAAAAUGAGAGAAAAUUGCACCAGGCUCUAAUCCAGUAAAGGCUGGAGGUCUUUAAGUGUUUGUUUUUUUUGUCCCUUGUCCUUACCAACAUCUCCCUCUCACGUUGCUGCUCAUAUUAAUACACAAUGUUCACCCACACAUUCUCUGCAGCACAUAAAAUCAGACCGACCUCUACUGUAAAAAAGUCUAAAGGGAUUGCGUUUUACCAUACAAUGACUCUUCUUUAUGUGAUGCCGUAUCAGAGGUAUAUCUCGACACGUCCUAUCAUUUUCUGCCAUUUUGACCUGAUGUGUUCUAUACUGACUGCACUGUUUUGGACUACAUAUCUGUGAUGUGCAGUGAACUAUGGGUAACCUGUCUGUCACGUGUCAUAUUAGUGUGGAGUAUUUCUGAAGUGUAGAAAGUAGCUGGAUUUUCUGUGAUAAUCUGUGACUAUGAGAUUAUUGGUCAUUGUGUGUUGAUUCGUUUUUUGUUCCACACCUGUCUCAUUAAGUGUUUACACAAUGAGUGUAAGGCCGUAUGAGGGGAGAGGGAAGGACAAACCACACAACAGGAAUAUGUAAAGGGGAUCCGUGUAUUGACGUCAACUAAAUCUGUAUAUGAUGGUGGUUGCAUUGAGAAUCUUUCUAUAUGUGUUUGUCAUUAAACAGGAAAGAGCUGGUUAAA